AUGGCACCAACCAACGAAGAAGAAGAACUGUCGAUGCAAACUACCCCCUAUCAAGAAGCCGUCGGUUGCCUUAUGUAUUUGACGUCCACCACUCGACCAGACAUUGCUUUCGCAACCAACCAAGUAGCUAGAUUCAGUCACAACCCUGGACCUGCCCACUGGGAAGGAGUCAAACGAAUCCUAUCGUAUUUAUCAGGAACCCGCAAUUACGGUCUUUGUUUCAGUGGAAGCUCCAGUAGUACACUUACAGGUUUUACAGAUGCGGACUAUGCUGGAGAUGUUGAAACACGACGCUCAACCACUGGAUAUGUAUUUCUACUCCAUGGAGGACCCGUCGCCUGGUGCUGCAAGCGGCAGAAAUGCACAAGUCUCUCAACGACCGAAUCCGAGUACAUUGCGGCCUGCGAAUCAACACGAGAAGCUGUCUGGUUAAAACGGCUACUUAUUGAACUGGGACUGCAAGAAACGAAUCCUAUUCCCCUACUCUGCGAUAACCAGAGUGCUGUCCGUCUCGUGCGUAAUCCGGAUUCACACCAACGCACCAAACACAUUGACAUCAAAUACCACUACAUUCGGGAUCAACAGGAAGGAGGAGAAAUCAAUAUCUCGUAUGUUGAUACCAACAAUCAAUUGGCUGACAUUCUAACCAAACCUUUGGCAGCCGCCCGCUUCAAUUGGCUAAGAGAAGAAAUCGGGAUCAAGAGUUCCAGCUUGUAA